AUGACAAUUCUCUCUCUUUUGUUAAUAUUCGUUCUUUCGCCGUCCUCGGCCAAGGACCUUACCCUCGUAUCCGACGGUGGCCACCGGAGCAACGAAGAUGUUGGCUUCCUCUUCAAAACGUGGAUGUCCAAGCAUGGGAAGAUCUAUACCGAUGCUCUCGAAGAGAAGGAGCAGCGAUUUCAGAACUUCAAGGAAAAUCUCCGUUUCAUCGACCAGCACAAUGCCAAGAACCUCAGUUACCGGCUCGGUUUGACUCGGUUUGCUGACCUAACCGUACAAGAGUACGGGGACCUUUUCUCUCAACGCCCUUUAGCGAGACAAAGGGCUCUCAGAACCAGUAGUAGGUACGAGCAAUUUCCCGGAGAUGACCUCCCCGAGUGUGUUGACUGGAGGAAGGAAGGUGCAGUAACGGAGAUUAGAGACCAAGGCAAAAUUUGCAGUAGCGACUGGGCAUACUCCACAGUGGCAAGUGUUGAGGGAAUAAACCAGAUCGUGACGGGCAAGUUAGUCAGAUUGUCAGAGCAAGAAUUGAUCGACUGCAACACGGAGAACCACGGUUGUGAUGGAGGAGGCUAUAUGGACGCAGCUUUCCAGUUCCUUAUCAAUAACAAAGGUCUUGAUUCCCUAGAUGAUUAUCCAUACAAUAGCCUUGGCCUUUCAGGCCAAUGUAACCGGAAAAUGACUAAAGUUUACCAAGCCGUUACUAUUGAUGACUACGAGGAUGUGCUUCCGAAUAAUGAGAUUUUACUACAAAAGGCGGUUGCUCACCAGCCCGGUAUAUUUUAUGGACCCUGCGGGACAUCGCUUGACCAUGCGGUUGUUAUUGUCGGGUACGGUCAUGACGGCGGUAACGACUAUUGGAUCGUGAAAAACUCAUGGGGCACAGAAUGGGGAGAGGCUGGCUACGCUAGGAUGGCUCGUAACAUUGGAGAUGCACCAGGUUUAUGUGGGAUCACGAAGCUUGCUUCAUACCCUGUCAAGCUUGCUUAA